UUGUGAAUGCGCUCCAGACACGCCCACCCAGUGCGACGCUGCUGUGACGUUGGAGGCCUGGUUUGCGGUGAUCACGUGAUUUUCCGCACGUUUGAAUCAAGUCCCGAAACACUGCGUCGCCACUCCUCCGCUUCAUUUAGUCGAAUCAGAUUCGAUCAUAACAUCCAUAACUGUAGGUGUAUUCAAAGAGAGUGGUAUUUCUUCGCCAAGGUGUAUCACUGCCACUCGAAGCCAGCAACCACUUGUCUGUCUGCUAUCCGUCCGAACGUCACGGCUCCUCGGCGGGCUGCCUCACUCCUCACUUCGGUGCUGCCUCAGCCCCGUUUAAGAGGCUGUCUAUCGGACCCAAAACUCGUCCGUCAGCCCCGAGUCUGUCGGGCCUCCGCUUGUCUUGACCCAGUGAGCCGCUGCUAGCAGGGCGUUAGCCGGCCAGGCGUUAGCAUGGCUGAUGGAAAAGCCAACCUGGUGGUCAAGGACGAGACGACGACGCGGGGAAACGGUCAAAUGAAGGUCCAGCUGAAGUACUUAAGUCUAGCUGUGCUGGUGGUUCAGAAUGCGUCCCUCAUCCUCAGCAUCCAGUACGUGCGCACAUUGCCGGGCGAGCGCUUCCUGGCCACAUCGGCUGUAGUCAUGGCGGAGAUCCUCAAGGUGUUGGCGUGUCUCCUCAUCAUCCUGCUGCAGAAGAGAUGCAACGUGAAGGAGACUGUGUUGUUCCUGGUUGACGCCAUCUUGUUUCAGUACAAGGACACGCUGAAGCUGGCCCUUCCAUCGCUCAUCUACACACUGCAGAACAACCUGCAGUACAUUGCAAUCUCCAACCUGCCUGCUGCCACCUUCCAGGUGACGUACCAGCUAAAGAUCCUGACCACGGCGCUCUUCAGUGUGCUGAUGCUGAGGAAGACUCUGUCCAAAGUGCAGUGGUUUUCACUACUGCUGCUCUUUGUCGGUGUCUCAAUCGUACAGGUGCAGCAUGGGGGCAACAAGGACGCGGUGAAAGCCAAUCAGAACUACACGGCAGGCCUGGCGGCUGUGAUCAUCAGCUGCCUGUCGUCAGGAUUCGCCGGUGUCUACUUCGAGAAGAUCCUCAAGACGAACUCGGCAUCUGUGUGGUUGCGCAACGUGCAACUGGGCAUCUUCGGCACGGCGCUGGGCAUGUUGGCGCUGUGGUGGAACGAUGGUGCUGCUGUGGCCCACCGUGGUUUCUUCUUGGGCUACACGUCUAUGGUGUGGUGCGUCAUUCUCAACCAGGCGUUCGGCGGCCUCCUGGUGGCUGUGGUUGUCAAGUACGCCGACAACAUUCUGAAAGGCUUCGCCACCUCCUUCUCCAUCAUCAUCUCCACCAUCAUGUCCAUCUACCUGUUUGCUUUCCGUGUGGACCCUCUGUUUGUGGCUGGCGCCGGGCUGGUCAUCAGCGCCGUCUACAUGUACAGCCUCCCUAAAUCGUCAGCCACCCUCAAUUCGUCUUUCUCUGCGUUGAGAACUGAGGACAGCACCUCCAAGGUGCGACAGAAAGCAGAAAGGAUCAUGAGAAGCCCACAAGUAAAGGUGGAUUGACAGGCUGCGACCCUGGCGCCGUGUCGUCCAAGGGGGGCUUUCGGAGGACACGUCUUAAAUGUCAGCUUUUAUUGAGGCCGGCGGGUCCAAUGGGCUGGGGUGUUUCCUCAUUCAGUUUAAAAUUAGUGAAAAAUUAGCUGCAACAUUUUAAAGUGAAACAAUACAACUAAUAUUUUUAUAUGCUACAGUGCCAUGAAAAAGUAUUGGCCCUCUUCUCAAAUUCUUAUGUUUUUGCGUAGUUUCCCCACUGUGAUGUUUAAGAUAACCAAACAAAUGUAAAUAUCAGCCAAAUAUAACCCAAGUAAACUUAAAAUGCUGUUAUUAAAUGGUGAUUUCAUUUGUUAAAGAAAAAAAAAAACUAUUCAGUUACCUGGCCCUGUGUGGAAAAAGGUCAUUUUUAAAAUAAUGCAUUAAUUGUGGCUAAUCAGAAUUUUAGUUAAUUUUCACUGAUCACACUCAAGCCUGAUUAACCCCAGACCUGUCCAGUCUGUCCCAACAAAAUCAAGUCUGACAAAAGAUUUAAAAAAUCUGCAACAAAAUGACACGAUCCAAAGAAAUUCCAGAACAGCUGAAAAAGUGAUUGACAUCUGUCAGCCUGGAAAGGGUUACAAAAGCCAUUUCUACAGCUUUAGGAUUCCAGCGAACCAUAGGGAGAGCCGUUAUCCUCACAUGAAGAAAACAUGAAACAAUGAUGAACCUUCCCAGGAUUGGCCGGCCUACAAUAAUUACUCCAAGAGAACAGCAAUGACUCAUCCAGGAGGCCAUAAAUGUUGAGCUUUUUAGAAGGUGUGCAUCUCGUUACAUCUGGCAUAAAUCUAGCAAAGCAUUUCAGAAAAACAAUAUCCUACCAACAGUCAAGCAUGGUGGUAGUGUGAUGUCUUGGGCUGCUUGCUCCUUCAGGUCCUGCACCACUUGCUGUGACCACAAAUUCUGCUCGAAAAGAAAAUCCUGAAGGAGAAGAUUCAGCCAUCACUUUCUGACCUCAAGCUGAAGCGCAUGUGGGUUCUGCAGCAGGGUAAAUAUACAAAGUACAUCAGCAAGUUAAAUUCUGAAUGAUUUAAAAAAACAAAAUGGUUUUGGAGGGCCAACAUAGCCCAUCAUAUCUCCACAGACCACAGAAAUGUGAACGACUCAUUGGCAGUUCUAGAUAAGAAAAGUUGGAGGAGCUCCUGCCUGCGGAAAAAUGCCUUGUUUGUUGUCUAUUGUGCAAGACAAGGAAAUGAAGCCAAGCUUUUUUUUCCUGUGUUUAUACAUACUCAAAUAUAUACAAUGUACAAUCUUUUUAUUUUUUCAUCAAAAAACAUUUACAUAUACCAAAUACUUCAUUCACACUGCUGUAUUUAAAACCUCACUAGGAGCUGUCCUUGAAGUCAUGUAAUUUUUAUUUAUUCAUUGAACCUUAUCCAGGUAAGGUAUUUGCAAUGCUGACCUGGCUGCAGACAGCAGAGUAAAACAAAGCAAAAUAGGAGCAAAUCGGAUUUAUCUUUAUUUUGCCGAGUAUGUAAAAAAACAAGGAAUUUGUCUCCGGUAGUUGGAGCCACUCUAGUACAACAACAGACAGUCAAUUGACAGAAUACUUUUGAGACAUAAAGACAUUGAGAAAAACAGUCACUGAGCAAUAAAAGGUUGCUAGUAAUCUGGUAAUGCCGGUACAAUUUAUGAAUUUUUUUUUUGGGACAAUUGUGCAAAAAGAUGCAGAGUUCUCUUGCAAUGAGAGCAGUUUGAAUGACGAAUAGAGCAAUAGUCCGGUUCAAUGACCAUUGUGCAAACGGCGCCGAGACUUCAAGAAAUGUAUGCACUUUAAAGUGACUAUUAGUGCGAUAAUCUGGGACAAUGUCGAUUGUGCAAAUGUUGCAGAUACUCCUCAGUCAGUGGGCAAAUGGAGCAGAUGCUACUCUGGCAUGAGUGGCCAGUAUUGGUCAACAACAGAUAUGCAAAUAGCGCAGUGUGGCGAGACUACUUCAGUAAGUGCACGAGUAAUGUAUAAUUGGCCCGACAUAAAUGUGACAACAAACUCAAGACAAAAAAUUGGCAGCAUGUUGCAAUUGAAUUGUAAGUUAACUGUUUAAGAAGUUAAUGCCAAGAGGGAAGAAGCUGUUGGAAUGUCUGCUAGUUUUAGUUUGCGUUGUUCGGUAGCGCCUACCUGAGGGAAGGAGCUGGAAGAGCUGGUGACCAGGAUGUGGAGGGUCUGAGAGGAUCUUGUCUUAGUUCUGGCAGCAUGCAAGUCCUCAGGGGUGGGUAGGGGGGUAUCGACAAUCUUUUCAGCAGUUUUGAUUGUCCGUUGCAGUCGAAGUUUGUCCUUUUUUUGUAGCAGCACCAAACCAGACUGUGAUGGAAGAACACAGGACUUAUUCAAUGACCGCUGUGUAGAACUGCCUCAACAGCUCCUGUGGCAGGCCGUGCUUCCUCAGAAGCCGCAGGAAGUACAUCCUCUGCUGGGCCUUUUUGAGGAUGGAGUUGAUGUUGAACUCCCACUUCAGGUCCUGAGAGACUGUAAUUCCCAGGAACUUGAAGGUCUCGAUGGCUGACACAAGGCAGUUGGACAGUGUGAGGGGCAGCUGUGGCAAAGGAUGCCUCCUGAAGUCCACAAUCAUCUCUAAAGUCUUGAGCGUGUUCAGCUCCGGGUUGUGUCAGUCGGACCACACCUUCAGCCACGCCACUUUCUGUCGAUACACAGACUCGUCACCGUCUUUUAUGAAACCGAUGACUGUGGUGUCAUCUGCAAACUUCAGGAGUUUGACAGCCGGGUGUGUUGAGGUGCAGUCGCUCGUGUACCGAGAGAAGAGCAGUGGAGAGAGGACACAACUUUGUAGCGCCCCGGUGCUGGUGGUGCAUGUAGAUGAGGUGGUGUCCCCCAGCCUCACCUGCUGUGUCCUGCCUGUCAGGAAGCUGUAAAUCAACUGGAAGAUGGCAGGCAAGACGCUGCGCUGGAGAAGCUUGGAGGAGAGGAGUUUGGGGAUGAUGGUGUUGAACGCAGAGCUGAAGUCCACGAACAGGAUCCUCACCUAGGUCCCUGCGCCAUUGAGGUGUUCUAUGAUGAAGUGCAGUCCCAUUUUGACUGCAUCAUCCGUGCACCUGUUUGCUCGGUAGGCAAACUACAGGGGGUCCAGCAGGGUACCUGUGAUGCUCUUGAGGUGGGCCAGCACGAGGCAUUCAAAGGACUACAUGACCACAGAUGUCAAGGCGACAGGCCUGCAGUCAUUCAGACACAAGGUUUCUUGGGGACUGGGAUGAUGGUGGAGUGUUUGAAACAGGAUGGUACAGUUCCAGCGAUCUAUUGAAGAUCUGUGUGAAGACUGGAGCGAGCUGGUCCGUGCAGACUUUGAGGCAGGAUGGGGACACAAGGUCCGGGCAUGCCGCUUUGAUAAUAUUUUGUUGUUUGAAGAUGCGUCUCACAUCCUGUUCAUGGAUGGUCUACGCAGAAGUCAGAGGUGUGAUUGUGUGUGGGGUGUGAAAGUGUCCUUAUCCAAUCAGCAGUAGAAGGUGUUCAAGUCGUCAGCUUGUCUACUAUUGUUCUCAGCUUGGGGUGAUCGUCGCUUGUAAUUGGUUAGCGAUUGUAAUGCAUGCCAGAUCGAUUUAGAGUCGUGAGCGCUAAACUGUUUUUCUAACUUUACUGCCAAGUUUCUCUUUGCAAUGUCAAUUUCUUUAGUCAGCUGGUUUCUAGUGCGAUUAUACAGGCCCCUGUCCCCACUUCGAUAUGCGUCCUCCUUAGCCUGGCGAAGUUGCUUAAGUUUGGCAGUGAACCACGGCUUGUUGUUAUUGAAUGUGCAAAAUGACGUGAUUGGUACACACACCUCAUCACAGAAACUGAUAUAGGAUGUGUCCUGCUCAUUUUCUAGCUAAUCAUUUCUACAGUGCCGUGAAAAAUUAUUGGCCCCCUUCUCAAAUUCUUAUAUUUUUGCAUAGUUUUCCCACUGUAAUGUUUAAAAUCAUCAAACAAAUGUAAAUAUCAGACAAAUAUAACCCAAGUGAACUUAAAUGCUGUUUUUAAAUGAUGAUUUCAUUUAUUAAGAAAAAAAAAAUGAAGUUACCUGGCUCAGUGUGAAAACGUAAUGGCCCCCUAAACCUAAUAACUGGUUGGGCCAUCCUCAGCAGCAGCAACUGAAAUAAAUGUUUUCUAUAACUCGCGAUGUCUUUCAUAUCUCUUUGGAGAAAUCUUGGCCCACUCUUCCUUGCAGAAUUAUUUUAAUUCAGAAAAAAGUUACGGUUUUCAAGCAUGAACGGCCUUUUUAAGGUCAUGUCACUGCAUUUCAUUCAGAUUCAAGUCUGGACUUUGACUUUUACCCCUCCAAAACUUUUUUUAAUUUUUUUUUUAUAAAUCAUUCAGAAUUUAACUUGAUGGUGUGCUUUGGAUAUUUUCCCUGCUGCAGAACCCAAGUGCGCUUCAGCUUGAGGUCACAAACUGAUGGCUGAACAUUCUCCUUCAGGAUUUUCUGUUAAAGCGCUAAAUUCAUGGUCCCAUCAAUCACAGCAAGUUGUCCAGGUCCUGAAGGUGAAAAGCAGCCCAAGACCAUCAAACUACCACCACCAUGUUUGACUGUUGGUAGGAUGUUCUUUUUCUGAAAUGCUGUGCUACUUUUACUUACUAUAUUUAAUAAAUAUAUUCAAAUGUAUUGAGAUUUACUUGUAUAUAUUGAAACUUGUUGCCUCAAACACUGUCUGCACCUAGGUUGGCAUUGCGAAUGAGAACCAGUUCUCAAUUGCCUCACCUGGAUAAAUAAAGGGUGACGUUUUAAAGGUAUCAAAAGUGUUUAAAAAGUAGAUUAAGAUAUAAAA